AUGGUGAUGUUCGAGCAGGUGAGAGCGAACGCAGGGAAGUCACUCAAGGGGAUGGACAGGUACGAUCCUGAGAACCUGGCCACCCCAGACCACUAUGAGGAGACGCAGGCCAAGGAGAAUAUUUAUGAUCUGGAAGCCAAUCCAGCUGUGCUGAAGCUGUAUACCCAGCCUUCUUCCAGACCACGGUCACUGCCCAGAUCCUGCUACAGACCCGCACCAACCUGCCCCACACCGACUUCACGCUGUGCAAUGCAGCAGGAAGAACGGCCCAGCCGGCAGAUUUUGUCCCUCAGAGACCUGCUGGGGACCUGCCACUUCGAGGCCUCCUAG